CAAACAAUACAAAAAAAACCCGAAUCGAGACCAAACUGUCAUAAAAUCAGUUAAUAAAGCAAAGAGUAAAUGUGAGUGUACCUGUGACUGUAACAAUUCCUCACCUGCACAUUAAAAAAAUUAAAAUUUCAUUUUCAUUUGCCGUACGCGAUCUUUACUGGACAGUUCCCAACUCGUAACGUUUUAGUUGAUAGAGUUUUGUGAACGCGCACGGUUCGAUUUAAAAACAGAACUGCCACACAAGUGUACAAAUAUUUAAUGUUACGAUAAAAUAGUUGAACCAUUUUGAGUUUAUACAAAAUUAUAUAGAGAUUUCGCUUAUUUAAUAAUGUAUGCAUUUUAUGGAAUUUGGAUAACAAUCCUAUUGAUUGGAAGCAUACGCAUGGAAGAUGGAACCUUUGAGAAACUAGUGAUGCCACCAUAUGGUGAUGAAGCAAGCAAUUCGAAUGUGAGCGCGGGACACUCAGCAGCUGCUCGUUCCUAUGGACAGCCAAAUUUUGGUAGCCAGAACAAUUUUGGUGGUCAGAACAAUUUUGGUGGUCAGGGCAUUUACGGCAGUCCAGUGCCGGGCUUGGGCAAUUCAGGCUUAGGCGGUGCAGGACAGCAAUGCGCCUUCGGAACGGAGUGUACACCGCUGCACGAUUGCACGUCCAUGAUCUAUGAAGUGGCCAAGAGCUGUUAUUACGGCGACAAGUCGCGCUUUUGUGGCGGCGGCGAGGAGAUGCCCUAUGUCUGCUGUCCGAGCAGUCCGCUGGAGAAGAAUCAGGUGUGCGGCAAGUCGCUGGUGCAGGGACAGUUCUACAGAGGACUCGGCUCGUAUCCGUUUGUGGCGCGUGUGGGCUUUAAGCACAUAAACACUGGAGCAUUUGCUUAUCCUUGCGCUGGUUCCAUCAUUGCACGUCGCGUUAUACUCACUGCUGCCCACUGUGCGCUUGCCAAAGCCGAAGGCCAUAGACUCUCGUCGGUGCGCGUGGGUGAAUAUGAUACGUCCAGCGAUCCGGACUGCGCCAGCACUGGCUUCUGUGCGCCGCGCUCUGUGAACCAUGCCAUCAGCCACGUGAUUGUGCAUCCCGACUACAAACAAGGCCAAUAUCAUCAUGACAUUGCGCUACUUGUGCUCAAAACCCCGCUCAACUACUCGGUGGCCACACAGCCCAUCUGUUUGCAAAAGACACGCGCCAAUUUGGUGGUGGGCAAGCGUGCAACAAUUGCCGGCUGGGGUAAGAUGUCCACCUCAAGCGUACGUCAUCCGGAGAUGUCGCACUUGGACGUGCCACUGACCAGCUGGGAUCUGUGUCUGCGCAAUUAUGGCUCAACUGGAGCACUUGAGUCGCCAAAUUCCAUCGAAGGUCAAUGGAUGUGCGCUGGCGGCGAGGGCAAAGAUGUUUGCCAGGGUUUUGGCGGAGCGCCACUGUUUAUACAAGAGAAUGGCAUCUUCUCGCAGAUCGGCAUCAUGAGUUUUGGUUCGGAUAACUGUGGCGGUCUGCGCAUACCCAGUGUCUAUACAAGCUUGGUCUUCUUUCAAGAAUGGAUACAUGACAACACGCCGCCUGAAUAA